AUGGCAUCGGGCAUAGAAGGCGCUGCAAGUAUUGCAGGGUUGAUCUCUCUAGGCAUUACAGUUUUCCAAGGCUGCGUUCAAGGGUUUGUAUUACUCUCGACAGCUCGGCAGAUAGGCAAAGACGGCGAUUUCCUAAGAUGUAUGAUUGAGUGGGAGCACUAUCGUCUAUUUGAGUGGGCUCAACAAGUUGGCAUCAUCGACGGAGAGGCGAACCGAAAUCUUGAUUGGACUCUUCUGUGUGAUCUACUUCAACAACUGCAAUCGAAGCUUACAGAUACCGAGCUAUUGAAAAAGCGCUAUGGGCUUCAACUUACUCAAGACGAACUGACGGACAGUUUUGUGGAAGCUUUUGAUGGCGAGGCUGGUUAUGGCGGACUCCGAAGCCUGACGCCCCAUAUCAGUGGAAAAUUUUUGUUGUACAGCUCGAAUCUCAUCCGUGAAAAGUCUAAACGCAGUCCGGUCAAAUGCCUUAGAUGGGCAAUGGUUGAUAAAGACAAUUUGAAAUCCUUGCUUGAUGAUGUGAAAUCUAUCACCGGGUGUUUGUGGGAUGCUCUAGUAAUUGACGAUCGCAGAUACAUCAGAGACUCACUAGAUCGGUUGCUGCGAAGUUCAAUCGCUCAAUCUGAAAGCAUUCAUGGCCUAGAUACGAUCAAAGAAUUAGCCAGUCAUGAUGAUCCAUCUAUUGUGUCGGCUGGUCAGCUGAGACAAGCAAAGCUUGACAUCGAGAAUUCGACGCCGUCUACUCAAGGAGCGCUGAAGAGCAAGUCCAGAUCGGCGAAGGUGAAGGCACUCAGAUUGAAGCAGAGCCUGUUGAAUGACCAAAUAGCGGAUGGCCGUAGGAUUGUGACAUAUGGCAAUCAAUACUACCUGGCUGAAAACAAGAACCUCAUCGGUAACCCAGCAGAGAAACAGAAGUCUCUAUACCGUGCCGAGAAUAUUGCUAUCCUACUUCACGAAACUGUCAGUGAGAGUUUUCAUACCUUGAAGUGCAAGGGUUUUCUGAAAAAUGACUCUGCUGGUGUCCUACACUUUCUAUACGAGUUCCCUCAACUGAAUGUCCUAAAUCAGGGUCAACUCGCUUUGGAGAUUCCCGAUAUUCCCGUGUAUGAUCUUACGGGGUUUAUGACAUCCAUAAUCAUCACUAUACCCGACAUUAGAUUUCGCUUGCUUUGGUGCACAAGCAUCGCAGAAACACUUCUUCAACUACAUACAGCUGGCUGGGUGCACAAAGGAGUCUCGCCAGAAUCAAUCAUCUGGACUCACACCACUGACCCUACAAAGCUUUCCACCUCUCAAGACUUUGAUGAUAAUGCGCAAAGAGAGUGGAUGAGCACCAUAUAUGGACCAUACCUCAUGGGUUUCUCAUUCGCUCGUAAGAACUCUCCCUCGGAAUUUUCGGAGGCUCCGUCUGCUUCAGGCGCCCGAGCUAGGGCAUAUCGCCACUUCGAUAUCAUAGGACAAACAAGACCAAGCUUUCAUGCCAAAUACGAUGUCUACGCCCUUGGGAUGAUUCUCGUAGAGAUAGGCUUGUGGUCACCGAUCGAAAUGAUCCUGCAAGUAGACCUCGACGAUAUACCACAGAUAAUGAGCCAAGAAAGUACUUUGGAAAUUCUAGAAACGAAAUUGGCGUCAACUCUGCCACGCAAGUUCGUAACAUCAGUUAUGAUGGCUUUGCGUUAUAAAGGCCAACAGGAGAAGGCCCUAGAGAAGGAUGCGGUUCUGAUAGGGGGUGACGAGCAAGACGAUGAUGAUGAUAGUGACGAAGACGUGAAAGUCAUUGACAUUCAGCAGACAAUAGUGUCUAAUUUGAAGACUUGUCUAGACGCCUUCUAG